AUGAUCCUUAGGGUAACAUUUAUCUGCGUUUUGCUACGAUAUUCAUAUUCCUUACCCGAUGAACAAAAUGAUGAACAGUUUGAAAUUGUUCUCGAAAACCCUUUAGAAAACUUCCCUCUACGAAACAUGGAAAUUGAUCCUGACGGAAAGAACAUUUUUGUAAGUGGAAAGAAUAUUCUUUACCGGUUAAAAUUAAGGAAAAAUAUGUCAAUACAAUCGAGACAAACUGGACCAGAGGCCAACUGUUUGGAACCUGAACAUGAAGAAUACUGUGGAGAUGACUACAAUACAGUGAUGGUCGUGCCACCUGAUAGUUUGCUUACCUGCGGUACACUGAGAGGUGGACUUUGUUUGAUACGUGAUAAAAUAUCUUUGAAUAUUACAAUGACUACUGGGCCCUCCUCAAAUAUCCGUUUAGUUUCCAAUUAUCAAGCUUCAGCCGUAGGCAUUCUACUUAAUAUUACUGACAGAAGUUCUCCUGGAAAGUUUAAAAAUAUUGUUCUUUUUGCGAAACAGUACACAGCUUUACCAACAAGUCCUGCUCAACUGGAUAUAGCUGCUAUAUUCUCAGUUUUACCAAACCUGUCAGCUAUAAAUAUAGGUUCUUCUAUAUCUGGAAAGAUUUUUGAUAUGAUUUUGAGGACACCAGUAAAUGUUGUAAUGGAUUUUAGAGUGAUGAUUGAAAAUGAACAUUUUGUUUUCCUUCUAUUAAAUGAGGAUUCACAAUCAAAACUUGUUAAGAUCUGCAAGUCCAUAGAUAGUGAAGAUCCCAAGAAAGUGUAUGAAGACAUUCCUAUAUCUUGUAAUGCUAAGGGGAAAGAUUUGACUCAUGUCAAACAUGGAUUAUUUAUCUUUGUGUCUGAAAAAAGAUAUUUAGUGGGUCUUUUUUCAAGUUUAAAACCCACGUUGUCUGCUGUGUGUAUUUUCAAAGAAAAUGAGAUCUACGAAGCAUUUCUGAAGUCAAGAAAACAUAGGUUUGGAUGUCCAAAACAAGACCUCCCUUCAAAAGAUGCGAUAUUCGACGCAAAUAAUAGUGUACAAAAUUGUUUCUCAUACAACAACUUUAAUAAAACCUCUGAGCCUAUUGAAGGAGUAUAUGAGGCAUUUUACAAGGGAGAUUACUGUAAUAGUGUAACAAGCCAACUACCCCAGUUCGGUGUUAUUGUGGGUCUUUUGCCACUUAAAGGUAAUGCAGUGUACUCCACCAAGUCUCAUCGAGUCACAGUCGUUGGAAGUUCAACAAUUAACAACUUGACAACCCUCUAUAUUGGAACGGAUAAUGGAAAUGUUACUCAGCUAUUUUAUGACAUAGAGAAGAAUGGCACUAGAUUGCUUCAAGAACUAAAAUGUGACUCAUCAGAAAUCAGAGCUGUAAGACGUGUAAAUGAGGAGACGUACAUUAUGUCACAAAAUAAAAUUGUGAAGAUACUUCGUACAAAGACUUGUGAACAGUAUUCAGAAAACUGUCAGCAAUGUAUGGAUAUUCAGAAUGUCAAUUGUGGUUGGUGUGUAACCCAGGGAGGUGAAAAUGUAGUUUUCACAGCACGGACGUCCUCAUUUACAACUCCAUUUGAAGUUUUUAUUCCAAUAUUUGGAGUGGUAUUUGUCUUGAUUCUUUGUGUCAGUUUCUUCUGUUACAAAUGGGGAGUUAGACAAGGUCAAAAAGGUCAUCAUGAAAAUAAAACAACUUAUUACCAAAGUCAAUAUCGAGAUAGCACAGUAGAAAAUCACAUUUACGAUGAACCUCACCAACCCAGAGGCCAAACACCAGUGGAAGAUAGACAAGAGCUAACAGUAUAUGAAAGUAUCUUGUAAAUCCACUUCGUUACUUGGUAUUAGCAUUGUUAAACCGAAAACAAACUACAAUGUUUGCCCAUUGUUGGCAAAUAAGGAUAAUCAACAUUAACAUUGUAACACUUCAAGCAUUUUGCAGAUGUUUUGAGUAAUAUUUGCAUGUUGCAGCAACCUUGCUCUUGGUUACAAAUAUGAAAGAAACCAACACAAUUCGGUGCUGACU